GCCAUCUUGUGGCGGCGGCCCCGGCGGGUUGUUGUCGGUGAGGCCGCGCCGUGCCCCCCCCGCCCGCCCCCCCGCGGGCGGAGCGGCCCCGGCCCCAUGUCCUCCUUCUCGGAGUCGGCGCUGGAGAAGAAGCUGUCCGAGCUGAGCAACUCGCAGCAGAGCGUGCAGACGCUCUCGCUGUGGCUCAUCCACCACCGCAAGCACGCGGGGCCCAUCGUGGCCGUGUGGCACCGGGAGCUCCGCAAAGCAAAAUCCAGUAGGAAGCUUACUUUCCUAUAUUUAGCAAAUGAUGUCAUCCAGAACAGUAAGAGGAAAGGUCCUGAAUUUACCAGGGAGUUCGAAUCUGUUCUUGUGGAUGCAUUUUCUCAUGUUGCCAGAGAAGCAGACGAGGGCUGCAAGAAGCCCUUGGAGCGAUUGCUGAACAUCUGGCAGGAGAGGAGCGUGUAUGGCAGCGAGUUCAUCCAGCAGCUGAAGCUGUCCAUGGAAGACUCCAACAGCCCCCAAACGAAAGUUGCAGAGGAGAAGAAGUCUCUAAAGAGAACUUUCCAGCAAAUACAAGAGGAGGAAGAUGAUGAUUAUCCUGGGAGCUACUCACCCCAGGACCCUAGUGCUGGGCCACUGCUGACCGAGGAUUUGAUCAAAGCCCUACAAGACCUGGAAAAUGCAGCGUCAGGAGAUGCGACAGUGCGGCAAAAAAUCGCUUCCCUGCCUCAGGAAGUUCAAGAUGUUUCAUUACUGGAGAAAAUUACAGACAAAGAGGCCGCCGAGCGGCUCUCGAAGACGGUGGACGAGGCGUGUCUGCUGCUGGCCGAGUACAACGGGCGGCUGGCGGCCGAGCUGGAGGACCGGCGCCAGCUGGCACGGAUGCUCAUCGAGUACACCCAGAACCAGAAGGACGUGCUAACGGAGAAGGAGAAGAAGCUGGAGGAAUACAAACAGAAGCUUGCUCGGGUAACCCAGGUGCGCAAGGAGCUGAAAUCCCACAUCCAGAGCCUUCCAGACCUGUCGCUGCUGCCCAAUGUCACGGGAGGUCUGGCACCUCUGCCGUCUGCUGGGGACCUGUUUUCAACAGACUAGGACAAACCCCAUCCCCCAGUCUCCAUUAUUACCAGCAGAAGUAAGAAGGACUCUGGUGUUGGCUGGAAGCCCAGUCUUCCACGUUCUGCAGUAGGAAGGAACUUGCAGACCCUGCUUCCAACCUCUUGGCUGCUCGUGCUCACCCUCUCUCUGUGUACACUGGCUCAUGUGAGGGGAGGAAGAGGAGUGAGUUUUCUGAGCUCUGAAGGGAGUUGGGGUGGUCCGUAUGGGCAGACUUCCCCCUGGUCUUUUCCCAUGCUCCUUAGUUGCUGUUUGCUCUUAGCACUUGCUGCCCCCACAGAAGUUGUGAGAAUCAUGUACACACAAUGCCUGGGAAGCUUUCAGAGGAAGGUUGACCACAGGGCAUCUUCCCUCUGUGCAAAUAUUGUGUUGUUUCUGAAUAAGUCUUGUCUGUUCUGGUUGGGAUUCUGAGCCUCGCCUCUGAGAGCAGUGGAGCCUGCAGUGGGGUGUGUGCAUGUGGCUCCUGUGCCACGUUAGCGUGAGGGGAGGGCAUCUGCUGAGCAAUGGGACAGGGAAAGGCUUUUCCUAAACCUGCAGUUCCUCAUUCUGCUGGGAGGAUAUGGUGAGGACAGUUUCCACUCGGCAGGGGCAUGAAUUGAAAUCACAGGCAAUAAAAAAUAAGCAGCUUUUCUUUGUGAAUUAGAGAUAGACUCAAGUUACACUGUGCUGAGCAAAGCAGAACUGGAUGUGACCUAAGUGGGAGUGGAAGUAAAUUUUGUUUUAGCUACCUUAGAUUUAUACCACAUUUUUCCUCUUCAUUAUACAAAUUUGGGUGGUGUUGGAAGCUUUGGUUUAAUGAACUGAGAGCCUGGAGUGGUGUGUGGCAUCUGCUGGUGCCCCUGUGACAGGCACUGUCUGGUCUGCUCUCAGGAUGGUAACAUUGAAAAUACAAUGCUAUAAACUCUCUCCAUAGCUUUAGUGAAGUUGUCUGAUGCACAGAAGUUAAAUGUGGUAUAAAUAUUUAUUUAUAUAGAAAAUAGACCCAUAUAUAUGCACAUAUCCUGUAUGCACAUGUACCAUGUCCAUGCAUGUAGAUAUUAGAAGGAUGUACUUAAUUUUGUGUCACAGAUUAUUGUGAGUUGAUUUUUAUAAUCAGGAAAAGUGUAAAAAAAAAAAAAAAAAAAGGAAAACCAACAAAUUUUAAAAAGCUCUUAAUUCCAUUAUGUUGCUGGCUAGUGUUUUAGCUGCCAGGGGUGUAGUUACAUUUCAGUUUGUGUGUUAGGUCUGACAAGCUGGACUCUGAUCACUGAACCAUUCCAAUUUGGAUACAAUUCUGUUUAAAUUUAGCACCUCUCACUCUGAACAGGUUAAAUUUCUGGAGACACUUGGUCUGGUAACGCAGGUUUUGCAGCGCAGAGGCCGAAGUGAGCUGAGGUGCUGUGUCUGUGCCUCCCCGUGCUCUCGAGCUGCUGGUGUCAAGCAAGGCCAGGAAAGGAAACCUGCAGAAACACGAAGUUCUGCUCCACGUUAAUUUAUUUUGCAGGGUGUUCAGUAGCCCGUUCAGCACUCAGUUACAGCAAACAACACGGCAUCUUUUGAUCACCAAGUUGUUCAGAAGCUCACGUCCUUUUCCUACUGACAAGUACUUCUUUUAGUCCUUUUUUAACGCUCCUUGCACCCUCACUGCCCAGCCAGGAAAUGUGUUUUUCGUUUACAGGAAUUUUUCCAGUGGCAGAACUGUCUGUUCCCUGAGUUUGGUUUGACUGUGCAGCCUUUUAUGGUCCAGACUUUAGAUAAAGCACUGUACAUUCUCUCUGCUUUUGCCAAAAAUGAAAAACAAACAAAAAAAAAUCCCACCGACCCAAACCAAAAGACUCUUUUCCAUCCUGGCUCAACUCAUGGAGUUACCCCAAGGCUGCUUAAACCAAGUUACUUUGAGCAUUGAUUGAAUGUGUAUCCAUUAUAGGACAAAAAAAGCUGUCAAAAAAUGAUGUAGACAAAUGUGUUGGCAUCUCACACUUGUGUUUCAGCAGAUCUGUAAGAGAGUUGUCUUUUUUUUUCUUUUUCUUUUUUAAUUGAAAUGUUUUGAUUUUUUUUUUUCCAAAUAUGCGUGUGCGUUUUAUUUUGCUUAAUUUAAAUGAAGUCUUGUGGGUUUUAAUUUUAUUUGUUUUACUUUUUGGGCAAAGGGCAUCUGGUGAACUGGGUGACAUUCUCUCAAGGUUAAACAGAUUUCCCCACGGUGUGUCUUUUUUUAACAAAAGCUUAAAUCUGUAUAUUGAAUUGACUUAGGAAUUAAUUUAGACAUAUAGGCUGCCAUUUGACAGCAGUAUAUUCUGAAAUGUCUCAUAGAUAUCUAUUUUUGAAUAAAGAGGGUGUCAUUGAACAGUA